AUGCAUAAACUAGUCGUUCCCCGGAAGUCAUUAGCCCACCGUUUUGCCACUUUAGCGCUAUACCGAGGACUUCUCCGACAAUGCGCGAAACUACCAGACACCCCAUCAGACCUGAGCGCAUGCAGGCCUUAUAUACAGCAAAGAUUUCACAAGUACAAAGGACUCCAGAGUCCGUCUCAAACAAUUCAUUCUUUAAAAGCGGGCUAUGAGGCUCUCGACCUCCUAUACUCAGCAUCGCAAGGAAACCAACAUGAUGUUGGCCGGAUCACAAAACUCAUAGCCGAGAGUCGGCGAGCAAAACAACAAGCGAGCGAAUGGCAAAGAGAGCGAGCUAAGUUGCAGCCGGUGCAGCCUCUGAAUCGGAAGAAGCAGAAAAAGAACGCAAACCGCGAUUUCCAAAAAUCGACCGCUCUGCGGCAUCCAGAUGCUGAGCCUAUUCUUUCACGGCCUCGGCCAGUUGUCAAGGGAAAGCGUCAUAUUCCUGUGCUUGUGAACGCGCGUGGACUUCCGUUUCUGCGCAUCAAGAAGCCCCAGCCCAAGUUCCUCAGCGCGGUGUUGAAUUCUAAGGCCGAGAUGCGUUGGAAAUGGAUAGAGCGUGCGCAGAGGUUGGAACAUGAGCUAGUGAUGGCUCAGGACGAAGAUGAAUGGGAUGUUUUGACUGGACACGGGGAAGACGAAACAUGGGCCCAGUCGGUCCAACUCAGCUACAGGAAUGUGUGUCUUACGAUAAAAAGGGCGGAUCAAAGGUCUCAGGAACUCGCCGAGUCCAUGUGGAAGGUUGUCCUUGCGGAGCGCAAGUUGGCUGAGGAAGAAAAACAACGAUCACUUGAUAAUGAUCCGACUGGCAAAGAAAAGACAUGA